AUGGCUCCUGAGAAGAAGUCAAAGGCCGGAAAGGGCCAGAAGAGCCCUGCUGAGGCCCUGAAGCCAGAGACAAAGGUCGCUUCUGCCUCGCCAGCGCUUCUUGCGUCCAUUACGCAGUUUUUAGGAGACCAUGGAUACGUUAAAACGAAAGCUGCUUUUCUCGAAGAGCAGAAAGGAAACGCACAGGCCGCAAAAGCCAUGCGACAAUCUCACACGAGCACGGAGGGGAUCCCUUCGCUAAAUGUCAUUUAUGAGCUUUGGGAGGCUCAGAAUGCCGGAAAAGACGCCGAUUUCAAUGGCGAUGAGAACUCGGACUCAGAUUCAAGUGACGCGAGCUCGGAUGUCUCAAUGGAGGACGCGGGCAGCAGCUCGUCCGAGAGCGAGGACAGCUCCGACGACGACAGCAGCGACGAUGAUGGAAAAGGAGAAGCCUCCAAACCGGCUCCGACAGUCAGAGAGAAUCAAUCUCUCAAACGCAAACUGGAAUCAGACUCAUCCUCCUCUGAUUCUGACUCCGACUCCGACUCUGAAUCGGAUUCCGACUCAGACGGCGCUCCCAGCGCGAAGAAAGCAAAGCUGGAGCUAGUUGCAAAGAAAUCAGCAGAACCUGAUUCUGACUCCUCCGAAGAUUCUAGCUCCGACUCGGACUCAGACUCGGACUCUGAUAGCGAAGAAACGAGUGACAAGAAGGCAGAUUCGGGCUCUGAUUCAAGUUCGGAUGCGGAUUCAGACUCAGACUCCUCCGACUCGUCUGACACCGAUUCAGACUCCGAUUCAGACUCUAUUUCCAAUGCGGCAACGAAGAAAGAAGCAUCAACCCUAAAGAAGGCUAUCAAAACUCCGCUCCCUGAAUCAGAUAACGACAGCUCCUCUUCCGACUCCGACUCUGACUCGUCAGACAGUGAUGAUGAUGAUAACAUUGCCGAAUCUUCUGCGGCCGAUGACGGAAAGAAUUCUUCAGACAGCAGUGCUACUCUGGCAGCAACAUCCGGUCAAAGUGAUUCUGACUUCAAGCCAAAGCCCGCUCCCAAAACAGUUCGCAAACACGUAGGAGCCAGGCCAACCCCCUUGGCUGCCGCCAGCGAAUUGCCUCACAACCACCCAUCUAACGCAUACGUUCCAUAUGCAUAUGCUGAGCGUGCUCACCGUGAUCUGUCAGUCACCCGCGGCAAAGGAUUUACCAAAGAGAAGAACAAGAAGAAGCGUGGCUCUUAUCGUGGUGGACCAAUUGACAUCGGCCCAGGCAAAAGCUUCAAGUUUGAAGACUGA